ACGAUCGUACAGUAAGCUGUCAAAAGCUUGUUGCUUAAAUCUGUGCGGUGCCACAAAGUAAAGAAGAAAUUAGGUCGGACACGGAGAGGAAAUAACAAGGUUUAAUUCUGCCAACAGAACCAGAAUUAACUGUGUUGUCGAAGAGACAUUCCGGGAACACUUGACAUCUUGUUUUUCCUUUAGUUCGGUCGCCGUGUCGUGUGUCCUAGCUGGUGCGUGAUUGCCGUAUCCUCCGGGAAGCUGCUGGUUCGUGAUGAUGAGGUCACCAACAAAAAGUGCCUUUGAGAAGAUGUCCCCGACCUGAAGUUAAUCCAUGUACAUGGUUGUCCUCUGCUUUUUUUUUAGUCAUACUCAAAUACCAACACAGGAUACCUCAGCUGCAAAUCCUUUGCCAUCAAUUUGCACAACUUCAGCAUCUAAGAGAAUGCUAAAUUUGAGCCAUACUAUUAAGGAUAAGAGGACGGAGAACCAUGACCUGAGAAUGUAUAACUAAAGUGACUAGUCUGAUCUCUAUGGGCACCAUCGGCUGUGGAACAUACACUGAUACGUGUUGCAGAAAAACAAUGUCAGCAGUUUCCUUUUGAUGGACAAUUUCUCAGCGAUUGACCAGCCAUUUUAUUUUUCUGCUCCAGCUGAUGGAGGUCAUCAGCUGUCGUCAGGUUAUUUUAGAAGAGGACAGGACUGCACUUACAGCUAAAUGCUCUGAUUAAUCUACAGCCUUUGGUGUAUAAGUCUUUAGGCAAUUAAACUGACUUCAGAAUUUAUCGUUUAGUUAAAAACCUUUGGACAUGGCGUUAAAUCUUUCUUCAGUAAGAGACACAAAGUGGCUAACUUUGGAAGUCUGUCGACAGUUUCAGCGAGGAAACUGUUCACGUAGUGACGAGGAAUGCAAAUUUGCUCAUCCACCGAAGAGCUGCCAGGUUGAGAAUGGGAGAGUUAUUGCCUGCUUUGACUCACUGAAGGGCAGAUGUUCAAGAGAAAACUGCAAAUAUCUCCAUCCACCUUCGCACUUGAAAACCCAGUUAGAGAUAAACGGACGCAACAAUCUCAUCCAGCAGAAGACGGCGGCAGCUGUGCUCGCACAACAGAUGCAGCUCAUGAUCCCUGGACCCGGCCUGCAGCCUGUGCCAACAUUUCCUGUUACACAGGGACUUGGCACAAAUGCUGGUCUGGGUUAUGGUUCAUACAUGACACCCCUGAGUCAUGGAAUGAGCCUCAUUCCUUCAGACAUCCUCUCCAGCACCCCGGUUCUUGUUCCUGGGAGCUCCCCAGUCUCAGUCCAGUGUUCCUCCUCUUCCUCUUCCUCUUCUUCAUCUUCUCCCUCUCAGAAGCUGCAGCGUACAGACAAGCUGGAGGUGUGUCGUGAAUUUCAGCGGGGAAACUGUGCAAGAGGGGAGACCGAUUGCCGCUUUGCUCACCCCAGUGACAGCCCAAUGAUUGACACCACUGACAACACUGUCACUGUUUGCAUGGACUACAUCAAGAGCCGCUGUUCCAGGGAGAAGUGCAAGUAUUUUCACCCACCUGCACACUUGCAGGCCAAAAUCAAAUCCAGUCAACAAGUCAAUCAGACGACCGUGGCAGCACAGGCCACAGCUGCAGCCGUGACUCAGUCGACUGCCAAAGCAAUGAAGCGACCCCUCGAGGCAACUGUAGACCUGGCCUUUCCCCACAGUGUCCUGCAACCCUUACCAAAGAGACCAGCUCUUGAGAAGAGCAGCUGGGCCAGUUCUCUCCUCAGCCCCAGUUUAUUGCACUACCAACAGGCUCUGGCCAACACACAGCUGCAGCAGCCCACUGCAGCAUUUUAUCCCGCAGGUUCUGUCUUGUGCAUGACUCCCGCUAACAGCAUUGUCCCCAUGAUGUACAGUGCUACGCCUGCUACUGUCUCUGCAGCAACUACUCCCGCCACAAGUGUCCCCUACGCAGCAACAGCACCAACCAAUCAGAUCAUCCUCAAGUAACCACCAGAAACAGACGUCAGUGCCAUGUUGCUGCUGUUAAAGGUCCCCAACAGCCAUUCUGUAAAUAUCCUGUUAACACCACACACGACACACGACAAGCUGCAUGCUGAUAACAUCACAGAUGGAAAAAAAAAACAUUCCCGUGGCCUCUGAUAAACUCCAUUCAAUGGCACAGUUACUAGGAUUAUACUAUGUUAGGUGUGACAGACAAUUGUAUGUGCACACCUUUGCACCUGCAUUAUCAUGGAUCCUGCAUAAUAUGUCUGUUUCCUAAACCGGUUCUGAUGAGGUUACGAGUGCAUUUAGCCUCUUGUUGACCUAAAAUGCAAACCGUCAUGAAUAAAAAGGCUGUUUCUGAACAAAUUCUACCAGAAAACUCAUGGAAAUCAGACUGAAAAUACUAACUGAUAUGUAAAACGACUGAGAUGUUGCUCACUUAACCAUUUUCAAUGUAUUUUAAGUGGAAAGGAUGGCUGAUUUAGUCUGAAAUCAGUUUUUUAGUGUGUACAUGUUAAUGUCAGGUGUAAAGAGGUCCUGUAUUGGGAAUUGUUACUAAUUUUUUUUUCAACCUUAUAUUGAACAAAAAUAUGUUUUCCUUUUGGAGUGUGUUAAUUAAACUAAGAAAUUUUAGGGUUUUUUUCACAUUAAUGAUUGUUUUAUCUAGUGCCAGAUUUAAAUAUUUCUGACAAAUUAGUUAAAAGCACUUAUUUAAACUUUAAACUCCAUGCUUUAGAAAUGUAAUUUGAGCAGGCUCAUGGAUGUCCCUUUUGAAGGCUCUGAGAAUAGCCCUCUCUGUACUUUACCCCAGAGAACUGGAUCAGUGCUCCACCUCCUGGUGUGCCUUUGCAUUGCAUAUACCGGUUAUUUCUUAAGAUAAUACUGUGCAAUUUAUUCAAUCCACACAUUUUUUCCCCCUAAAUUACCCCCAGUUAAUUAUCUGAGAAAACUGUUUGGAUUAUUGAUUAUUCUAUUUGGCUUGUUGAUGACUCUAUAAGUAGAUUUCACCAUGUUUCUAAGAGGAGCCUCCACAUCCAUGACAGUAAACUCAAUAAAAGGGUGUGGAACUACUACUGCUCAGUUCUUGUGAUCCUAUAAGGGUUGUGUGUUGAGUAUCGUGUGGACUGUUAGUCAUAAUGUUACAGUCACUUGUCAGUACUGUAUAAUUUGAAUGUUACAAGUGCCUAAGGAAUUGUGCAUGCAGUGACAUCUAAGCAUAUUUAAAAGGCGUUGUGUGGAAAUCACUCAAUUAAAUCUAUUCUACUUAAGUCACAGACCUUAGAAAUAAAUGUUUUGCAAUGCCAUGUCAGUGCAUUAGUAUUUUGUGUACACCUGUUCAGAUUUAGUCUUAAUUUCACGGAUGCUCAAAUGUGUAUGUAUGUACUAUGUGUAAGCGUUAAUAUCCAGUUUCCUUUUUAUUUUGUUUCACUUUUAGGGUGACAAAGUAGUUUGCAACAAGGUAAAAUACUUUUUGUAGUAAAGUAGAAUCUAAGGAGGUAAUGUAGUCAUGUAUGAUUGAUGCCACAUUAUGCAAUUAGCCGUCUCUGUUUGAAACUUACAGGGUGGGCAUUGUGUCUGGUUAAGUCAAUAAUUAUUUCUAAUAUGUAUUGUUCUUUUGAACAUCUUUCAUUUAAGUUUUAGUUCCCUAUUUGCAAGCUGUGUACAAUUGUAAACCCUUCCUUUAAUGUUUUCAGUGACUUUUCAAGACAUAUGGCAUUUGUUCACUUUUUCAUUUGUGUAUUUUCUGUAUGAAACGUUUCACACGUUAUUAAUAGAAUAUAAGAGCAUAAUUGCAUAUUUUACUAGUUUAACAUUAGCUAUGUACGCUUUUAAAAUGUAUUCUCUUCUGUUUUACGAUGAAUGUAAUUUAUUAAACUGACUUUAGCUCUGCUGGAGGUUCCUCAAAGGACCUUAAUCUGUUAGCCUGAAAAGCCGUCUUGUGUCCAGGAAAUGAAUGUCAGAGAAAAGAGAAGCUUGAAGCAUUUCAUCCUUGUUGUUGUCACCUGUAAGGUACAACGAAUCUUUGUUUGAGCAAGGCCAUAGAAUUGCUUUUUAUGUGCAAAAGUGCAUUGUACAGGCUGCGUUUUAUGAAAAAGUAAUUUUCAUAAUGGUGUAUCAAUAGUUUGUCAUUGAAUUGUUUGAUUUUGUUGCUGAGGCAAUCUGAAGUUGCAGUGAUAAACGCUGUGUUUUUGUAGGUGAUGGACUUGUCUCUCCUCACAGUAACACAUUAGAUUCUACAUUCGGAUAUUUUACAUUAUUAUGUUAUGGUGAAACAACACUGUGUGUGAUGCAGUGCAUAAAAAAUAAUGUUUGAAAUGUUAAUUUUGUGUUUCCCCUGCAUGGUAACAUCUUGCAGCAAAAAUAUCUAGUCUGUUGAUCGCCUCGUUCAGAAAAAUCAGAAAUUGAUGGUUCAGCAGCUGUUUAAAACUUCAUUUGGUUUUCAUAAUAAGAUUGCUUUAAUGGUUUAGGUUGUCAUUACGUAGAUGACAUUUUCUCCUUAUUUAUUUUACCUGCAAAUAAAAGGCAUAUUUCUGAAUGUUUGUGUUACCUUUCGGCAAAAAGCUUGAAUGUCACGGAUACACCUGCACACGGAGGUUGUUAGAGAUUUUGAUCGCCCAGUCAAAAAGAUAUGGACAGGAAGAAUGUUUGGUCUGACUGACUGAUGGAAGCAUUUCUCUUAAGCACUUUCUCACCAGUCAGACGACUGAGAAGACAUGCUUUUUGUGAACUUUGCCUUAUCUUUGAUCUAUUCACAAGUUUGUAUUUGUUCAGCAAUUAUAAAUUUCAUGCUAUCUAAUAAAAGUCACUCUCUUAAAUUAUAUUACAUUAGUUUUUAGUUCAAUAUUAUGAAUAGAGGCUGUAAAACAAAACCCAAACACUAUCCUUAAAGGCUAGAUGUUGAUAGGAUUGGCUAGCUUGCCAUUGUAAAUGGUUAAAUUAGAAAACCUCAUGAAGCUGUCAUGCCAAUUCAAUUUGACUUCAUUCUGGCCUGAAUAUAAACGUGUCCCAGAUUGCUUUUUUUUUUUGUUCGUUUUUUUAAUAUUAGUGAAAAUUAUUUGUGCAUAAUUAGACAUUUCACGUGGAUAGUUUUGUUCCUGUAAAUUCUAAAUUGUGUAAAAUCUGAUAUUGCAAAUAAAUAAAUAAAUGUCAUGUAAAUGCCAA